UCAGCUAGUGGGCAGCCAUCUUGGAUCCAGCUAUCAAGGCUACGUUACUUUAGAGAUGGGAGGAAUCGAAUCGACAGCGGGUGUUUCAGUGAGGCAUCACUCUUGAAAACCAGGACAGUGCGGGUCGGAAGCCGAAAACUAAGCGGACACAAACCCACGCUGAAAAACAACGAACUGGCAACAGCAUAUAAGACCGGUUUUACUUGAAUCCCCUCCCCUUUCCCUUGUCUGGAUGCAGUGCAGUUGAUGAGGGCCUAUUUAGCUAGUGUUUGUGUGUUCUGUUCACUUUUCACUGCAAAAGGCCAGAGGGAUUCCGAAAUCUAAUUGAGACCGCACUGAGGAUAUGUUUUUCGGGUGGCGAACUUUGCAUGAAGAAAAUAUUUUGUUUUAUUUUUGUUUGUAUUUAGUAUAAAAAGACACCCUUCAUAUUCAGUUGAUUCGCUAUUUUGUAGAGUGAUGUAGUACAAUAUGUUUCCGAAUUAGUCAGUGUCCGGUAUCCUCAGACUCAAGUUUGUUGGAAGUUGGCUUUGGACGGUCUUCGAUUUUUUUCCUCUCAUCGAAUCGAUGAUCAUCACCAGAAGUAAGCAGAUAACUGUCUGCCUUUCACCCCUCUGACCAAGGUGCUGCAAACUCAACACGAUAUCAGAAACAUCCAGGCAAACUACACCCCAAUGAAAAACAUGUCAACAAGAACACCCCUACCUACAGUGAAUGAACGGGAUACUGAAAAUCACACCUCGCACAGCGAUGGACGCACAGAGAUCACCACGCGCUCCAGCCGUUCGGGGGCUCGCUGCCGAAACUCCAUUGCCUCCGGUGCCGACGAGCAGCCCCACAUCGGCAACUACCGGCUGCUCCGGACCAUCGGCAAGGGCAAUUUUGCCAAGGUCAAGCUGGCCCGCCACAUCCUCACGGGCAGAGAGGUUGCUAUAAAAAUCAUCGAUAAGACCCAGCUGAAUCCUACAAGCCUUCAAAAGCUUUUCAGGGAAGUAAGAAUAAUGAAAAUCUUAAACCAUCCAAAUAUUGUGAAGCUGUUUGAGGUCAUUGAGACCGAGAAGACGCUGUACCUGGUAAUGGAGUAUGCCAGUGGAGGAGAGGUCUUCGACUACCUCGUAGCACAUGGAAGAAUGAAGGAAAAGGAGGCCAGGGCUAAAUUUAGACAGAUUGUGUCUGCAGUGCAGUAUUGCCAUCAAAAGCACAUAGUUCACAGAGAUCUGAAGGCAGAGAACCUGCUCCUGGACGCGGACAUGAACAUUAAGAUCGCCGACUUCGGCUUCAGCAACGAGUUCACGAUGGGGAACAAGCUGGACACGUUCUGCGGGAGCCCGCCCUACGCCGCCCCCGAGCUCUUCCAGGGCAAGAAGUACGACGGGCCCGAGGUGGACGUGUGGAGCCUGGGCGUCAUCCUCUACACGCUGGUCAGCGGCUCGCUGCCCUUCGACGGACAGAACCUCAAGGAGCUGCGGGAGAGGGUACUGAGGGGAAAGUACAGGAUCCCCUUUUACAUGUCCACAGAUUGCGAGAAUCUCCUCAAGCGCUUCCUGGUGCUGAAUCCAGCCAAACGGGGAACACUUGAGCAAAUAAUGAAGGACCGCUGGAUCAACGCAGGCUGCGAGGACGAUGAGCUCAAGCCCUUUGUAGAACCAGAACUGGACAUAUCGGACCAGAAGAGAAUAGACAUAAUGGUGGGCAUGGGCUACUCCCGGGAGGGCAUCCAGGAGUCCCUGGCGCGAAUGAAGUACGAUGAGAUCACCGCCACCUACCUGCUGCUGGGGAGGAAGUCCUCUGAGCUGGAAGCCAAUGACUCGAGCUCCACCAGUAACCUCUCGCUGGCCAAAGUCCGGCCGAACAGCGAACUGAACAACGGCCAGUCUCCGUCUCACCUCAAGGUCCAGCGGAGCAUCUCCUCCGGCCAGAAGCAGCGGCGUUACAGCGACCAGGCUGGCCCAUCCAUUCCCUCAGGGGUGGGUUACCCCAAGAGGAGCCAGACCAGUACAGCCGACAACGACCUCAAAGAGGAGGGCGGGGUUCAGCCGCGCAAGUCCAGCACGGUCGGGGGGCGUGGCGUGCCUCCCACCAGCCCCAUGCUGGGCAACGCCAGCAACCCCAACAAGGCUGACAUUCCGGACCGCAAGAAGGGCUCGACCGCUCCUAGCAAUAACUCAGUGUCUGGAGGGAUGACCAGGAGGAACACGUAUGUGUGCAGCGAGCGGAACGCCACAGACCGUCUCACUGUCAUUCAGAAUGGAAAGGAGAACAGCCUGGCUGCCAUGUCCGCUUGCGCGACUAGCCCGUCCGCGUACGCGCCGGUGUUUGCCGCCGCCACCGCCGCCUCGGCCCGGCUGCAGCACCAGAAAGCCGUGUCGCUCUCGGCCUCGGGCCACUGCGGCCGAGCCGCGCCGCCGCCCGCCAACAGCGGGGCGAACGUCUUCAGCACGGCGGGGACGGCCGGCCAGCGGAACCCGGUGGCGUCCACCCACAGCAUCAGCAGCGCCACCACGCCCGACCGGCUCCGCUUCCCGCGCGGCACGGCCAGCCGCAGCACCUUCCACGGCGGCCAGCUGCGGGAGCGCCGCACCGCCACCUACAACGGCCCGCCCGCCUCGCCCACCCUCUCGCACGACGCCACGCCCCUCUCGCAGACCCGAAGCCGCGGCUCCUCCAACCUCUUCAGCAAGCUCACCUCCAAGCUGACGCGCAGAGUCCCACCAGAGUUUGAGAGAAACGGGAGAUUUGAGGGCUCAAGUCGCAAUGUAUCUGGGGAUCAAAAAGAUGAAAACAAAGACAGCAAACCCCGCUCCCUCCGAUUUACCUGGAGUAUGAAGACCACCAGCUCCAUGGAGCCCAGCGACAUAAUGCGGGAGAUCCGCAAGGUCCUGGACGCCAAUAACUGUGACUACGAACAGCGGGAACGCUUCUUGCUGCUCUGCGUCCAUGGGGAUGGCCAUGCAGAGAGCCUGGUCCAAUGGGAGAUGGAGGUUUGCAAGUUGCCCCGCCUCUCGCUCAAUGGCGUGCGCUUCAAGCGGAUAUCAGGAACAUCCAUUGCUUUUAAGAACAUAGCUUCCAAAAUUGCCAAUGAAUUAAAAUUGUAAAAAGUACAGUAAAGGAAAAAAAACAUAAAACAAGCAUAAUUAAGCUGUACAUUCUUUAAAAGUAGCAGUUUCAUAAAAUUGUUUCUCCAAAACACUCACAAAGUAUGUAUUGAUAAUAAUGUAUAGAAUAAUGCUUUAGGCAAUAAUUUCGUGCAUCUUUGAAAUUGUAUUAUUAUUGCUAUUAUUAUUGUUGUUGAUAUGGCAAGAGUUGUUGAGCUGCUGCAGAAGAUAUGAUGGACAUUCAGAUUGAAGAAUUUGCCCUUUUUUACUGGAACUGCACUACAGCAUUUAGUAGCCCAUGGCCUCCAGCAGAGCACCCACUCUUGUAGUUCUCUGUGAUAUUCCGUAGGGGUUAAAAUCUGUUUAAGAGAUGGCUGAGAGCUCUGGGUGAGGGUGGGGAUGGUCCUAGACUUGCUGAUAGAACCGUGGAUCAGAGGAGAGAUUCAUCAUACAGUCCAAUCUGUAGGAUUGGAAACAGCCACAGCACCAGGCCAAUUGCUGGGGAACUGUGCCGAAUUCAGGGCACCCUAAACUCUUGUCGGUCUGUUACUUGGAGACAUGGAGAACUUGAAUGCUUCUGCCUAGAGAAAUGGCCUCGAGGUAUUUAUUGCACAGAAAUUCUGAUUAGAACCGUUACUGGUGUUUUGGCAAGGUAGUCACAGAGAUAUGUUUGUUACCUUGUCUUCCAGCAGUUAUGGUUGGUGAUUCUGUCGCACUGAACAGGUUAGUAUUAUCGCUCAAAGAAUCAAACCCGGAUAUGAUGCUGCUGCUCCUGAAGCCACCUGUAUUUGAUCGGCCUGGGGUGUAAAGUCCAUUGUGAAGCUAUGAAUUAUGGGUAUUCAACAAGUUUCUCUGACCUCGAGGAAACAAUCUUAGCCAAGCUGUAGACACCUCCCUUUUUUUGUUUAAUCUCCAGAGCUGGUCCUAAUGCCAUCUAUAGUAUUAUCCAGCACAAGGACAGAGUUGGAUGUGGUUUACCAUUCUGAAAGCAUUCAAAUGUCAUAUUAUUUAUUUGUUUUUUUUAUUAUUUCGUCAAGACACCUUCCCCCAAGAAGUUCAGCACUGUUUUUGAAUGUAAAUAAUGUAACUUAGUUUUGCAACAACUGCAUAUUGUUAUACUUUUUUCCUUUUUUAAAGUCCUGUCAUGAGUCAGGAAUUAUGGAAUUAAUGCAACUUGUCACCAGGUAAGGUUCACCAUUGUCUCCAUUAAAACAUCCUAAAAUCUGUA